AUGACCGGCGAGGGUGGCCAUAACCGCAACUGGGCAUGCGGGUGCAAACCAGGAGUCCUUGGUCCACCUGUAUCGCCUAUUCCUCCCAUGCUGCGAUCCACCAUCGAGCAGCUAGGCUAUGGCCCACCUUUGUCAUGGAAACUUGAACAAGAUACCCUCCUAACGAAAUUAGCACUCAAAUGGACAACGAAUACCGGACAACCCUCAAACAAGUUGACGCUGUUUCCUCCUUCUCUGAUGACCGCCAUCGCCUCUUUGCAAACUUCACCUGCCUCCUGGUCCCUUGAACAAGUUGACAACCACCUCCUCUGCUGCCUGACUUGGACCACUCCGACUACAUCUACUCCAGCAUCUCCAACCUCGACCCUCGACGACUCUGGCUAUUCUUCUCCACCGCAAUCACCUACAUCUCCCACUCGACCAUGCACUCCGGACCUCUCACCUGUACGCCUCGACUUUCCAUCCACGAUAGUUACCAGCAUGAAGACAUCCACAAUACCUAAUAAGCAAACACAGGAUGCCUCCACUGCCACCACUACCGAGAUAAUAGUCGCGACCUCUACACAAACCUCUCCUCCAACUGCAAUGGAUGCCAGCACCCAGACAUCCACAAAUUUUAAUCAACAAACCCAGGAUGCCUCCACUGACCCCAGCACAACUACCCUUGUUACCUCUUCUACCUUCUGCCAAACCUCAACUCCAGCUACUGUGGGCAUUGGUGUCCAGACAUCCACGUUACUCCCAAAUUCAUGUCAGGAUGCUGCCACCUCGACCACCGGACCUGUUGUUACUGCCGCCAGUUCUCAAACCCUCCAACCGCUCACCAAAGUUUCCACCACACAAACCCCCGUUCAAGAUCCUACACCCUCAACCAGCACAACCAGUACCCAAGCUUCCUUCUCAUUCAUUCCAACCUCCAACCCACCAACUGCUAAUACCUCCACCACCACCUCGAAGAAGAAGAAAAAGAAAGGCAAACCCGCUCCAGUAUCCUCCACCGAUGUUGCAACCGAAUAUGACCCACCUACUAUCCAAUACCGCCACUGCCGCCUCUGCCACAAUCCGAACUUCGACGAUACCAAUGCAAUCUCCCACCUCCUGACAUGUGAUGACCUCCCACGACACCUCCUCCAUUAUCGUACUGCCUUCUUUAAACAACAGUCCCUAACCACCGGUAUCCCGAUUGAGUCCCUCCAAACUCAAACCGCGUUAUUCCUAACCACCCACAAGAUUGAAGAGACCGACCCAGAUGCCCCUAAUUCCACCAAAGACUACCUCAUUGGUCAACUGUUUCUGAGCGCCAUGCCAGAAUUUGAACAAGUCGAGCACUACCAUGCUGCCCUCUGCAAAUUUACCCACCACCUUGUCAGUGCAACCAUGAAACACGUGAAACUUGACCCGGCAUCAAACCACCAGCAGCUGUUCUACCUACAAGGCGUUGAUUCCCUCCUCCAUGAUGAUGUUGAACCUGACCAUCCCCACCAUCCAUUUGACCACCUCGAGCUAUACCCGGACAAUGAAUCCCUCCUCGAUGAUGAUGACUACGGCUAUGAUGAUGAAUAUUGA